GUUUGCUUGUCUGUUUGUCUGUUUAUCUGUUUGUCUGUUUGUCUGUUUGUCUGUUUGUCUGUUUGUCUGUUUGUCUGUUUGUCUGUUUGUCUGUUUGUCUGUUUGUCUGUUUGUCAGUUUGUCUGUUUGUCUAUCUGUCUGUUGUCCAUAUAUCUGUUUUCAUCCAUUUAA